AUGGACAUGAAGCGGCCAUGCUCUGUUGGCGAUCUACAGAAAGGCGAAAGCAUUCGACAGAGCCUCCCUUCAGCAGCGAACGACUCCACGCUCACACGAAGCGGCAACGUCCGUCUCGUUGUCUCGUACGACAUCGCAUCGCACCAAGACAGCUGUCAAACCGGUUUCUCCUUCAACUACACCAAAGGCGUAGGACGUACCGAUGGUGAAGCCGUCGAACGUGGCUGGGCCGCAGUCAAUGGGUUUUCGGGCAGCACGAAGGAGAUGGGUCCAGGGUCUCGCCGUGACGUCCUCGACGACGCUUUCGGUGACUACAACUGGCGAAAGGUCACGCACCUCGCCAAGACACUCCUCGGCCGCGUGAAGAAUGCCGUGGAAGAGUGCAGCAAACACGCUGUCAUCUUCGACGAACUCACCGCCGUCACGGAUCCAACACGGGUGGCCGAAUGGAAGCAGCAAGUCGAAGCCUGGGAAGAGGGUGCAGAUCUCAACCCCUUCGUAGUGACACGUCAUCCAGUCACACUUGCAGCAGUCCGGCGUGAGCUAGCUGAAGAGGAAUCCACGGGUAUAGCCGACGGAAGCCUCGUGCUUCUACAUGAGAAGAUAACACCAAGCAUCCUCAUCACGGCAGGACUCGAGAUGGAGGAGGCUCAACGACGUCUACAAUCCGAUGCCGCAGGAUUGACCGCCCACUCCCCGGAUGAUCAGCGCGCGAGCAUCAUCCGUCGACGCAAUAAUCUCCAAGUUCGUAUUGAUGCCUGGCGAGAAACACAAGACGUCUACAUGCCGGGUGUAGCUGCAGUACGAAGUCGAGCUGCGGAGGCUUCAGCUGCUCCGGUUCUUGCCGAGAACAUUCGACUCUACCUCCCAUCUGCUGUUCUGGGUGAUAGUCGCGUGAUGCUUCCCUCGAGUUUGCUCGAGAUCGAAAGACGCCUGCGUUUCGCGCAGGCCAAUGACUCGCUAGAGCAACUGCGGCGCCAUCUUCGUGCCCGCACAAAGCUAUUCAACAUCAAAGAUCGAGACGUUAGGGGCCAACGCUACAAUACAAGAUCCCGCGCAUACAUCGACUCCGUCCAAGCGAAGAUCGACGCCGACGCCGAACGCUAUCGCGCAGCUCACGCGGCUCUCCUCAUCAUAGACCCCGGAGACGUCGCAAAGUGGCAGAAGGUCCUUAAGCCUCUGCUCCGAACCGAUGUUCGUGCGAUGCAUCAAGGGCUUGACGAUGAGACCGAGGGACGCAAGACUCUCUCGUGGAUUUGGCGGACAAGCGGGGCCUCAGGGAGUGUGGAUGAUGAGGAUGACCAGGAAGCCGUACGAAUUGAGUGGUGCAAGGCUCGCGCGAGGGCCAUGCGCUGGGACGAGGAAUGCCAACUUCUCAGCGAAGAGAUGCGGCGUGUCCUCGCCUUUUUUAAAUGGCACAUUCAAUGGUGGCUGCAUCAUGCCGGAAGACAGGUCUGGGAAGCACCUGUAGGGAAUACGACGGAGCAUGCUGAAGGUCGUCGGGCCUAUGCACGUCGGCAGGCGGAUGUCCGGCAGGCGCUGCAUGACUACUGCGUCGGUGCUUGGUGUUCUGUUCCUGAGUACCUUCUCCUUAGAACUACAGUAGAAUCGUGA